AUGGACACCCCCCUCUCUCCGACCUCGUCCACCGCCGCCACGACCCCUCUCCCUCCGGCAGGCAUCUCCCCCACCGAUAGACCUCUGAAGCAAACUCGCUCUCCGGCGCCGCUAUCGCCCCAUGAAAACAAUGGGCAGUCGGCGUCGAUACCACAGGCCCAAGCUACCAAACUAGUACCUCCUACACCACCACAACCGCCUAUUCCACACAUAUCCCUCCAUCCCGCCACUGUCCCCGCCUCCUCGUCUCCCUCUUCCAUCAUCCCUCCCUCAACCCAAUCCCCGCUCCCCGAACCCUCCAAAUCCAUCAAGCCACACCGCCACUGCCUCACACGCGACCAACGACGCGACAUCCUCCUCAUGCGUAGUCUAGGCCACACGUACCACCAGAUUUGCAAACACCUGAACGUGCCCUUUGGCGCCGUCCAAUAUACCUGCCAGAAACGCUCUGCCUCUCCCAAGCGUCGGCCUGGGAGAGCCAGGCGCCUUACUGACGAAAAGCUCGACGAGAUCGAAACCUUUAUAACCUCCUCCAUACAGAAUCGUCAGAUGACGUAUCAGGAGGUGGUCAACGCGCUGGGUCUGGAUGUAAAGGAGGAUACAUUGACCCAAGCGCUUAGAAAGAGGGGUUUGGUGAGGCAGAUGGCCUUUUUAAGGUCGCCCUUGGCAGUGGGAAACGUCACCGCAAAACCAAUCCGAACAUACCUAACCUGUAGGAAAAAUGAGGAGAUAGACUCCCCCCUGGUCGUGGAAGUGAUCAAGCGUAAAACAGGGUGA